AUGUCCAGAAGUGGAAACGCCUCUGGAACCUACAACUACAAGGUUAAAAUUCAUAACUACAAUGAAGAACAAUGGGAUCAAAAGUUCAGUGAGAAGUAUCGUCCUCCGAGAUUAAUCGGAACGCAACAAGAUACUUUUCAAACCAUGUACCAUAUAGAACAUUCAUUAGAAAAUUCCAUAGUCGCUCUGACCACCCAAUCACAACAACAACAACCACAACAACAGCAGCAGCUCAAGACACCCUCGGGCCUGCUUAAUAGUAGUAUCCAUCACUCGUUGAAAAGUAGGACUCUUUUAUCAUCACCCACAGCAGGGCCUCCUAGCGAUAGUAGCAACAACACUGAUUUUCUCAAAUCAUCUUUUCCAGGUCAUCAACCAGCUCUUGAUUUCUACAAUCAUCCUGUCCGCAAAGGAGAAAAAACAGCGAAUGAAUACUACUUUGAAACAACCUCCCGAGCGACCUUUAUACAUCCCAAACAAAUGCAAGAGAAGGGAGAAAUUUUGACCUACAUGCCUGCAGACGAGUUGGACAAAUAUCGAAAAACAUGGACACAAAAACAAGCACGAGAUAUGAAAACAGAGUAUCAACGUCAACAUUGUAAAUAA